GUGCUUUGGAAAACAGAUCAAAUGUUCUUAAAUGCAAGUUUGAUGACAAAAUAGAGGCUACUUCUGCCAUGAUGUACUUCCAUUACUAUGGACAGCUGCUUCAUCAACAAAAUAUGUUGCAAGAUUAUGUCAGAACAGGAACUUAUUUUGCCGCAAUGAUUGAAAAUUGUGCUGACUUCAAUGGCCGCAUUGUGGUGGAUGUUGGCGCUGGUAGUAGCAUCCUUUCCUUAUUUGCUGCUAAGGCUGGUGCCAAACAUGUUUAUGCCAUUGAAGCAUCAGAAAUGGCAGACUAUGCUUGCCAACUGGUUGCUGGAAAUCCAUCUAUUGGGAACAGAAUAACGGUCAUCAAAGGUAAAGUGGAGGAGGUGGAAUUGCCUGAGAAGGCUGACAUUUUGAUUUCAGAAACAAUGGGCACCUUGCUAGUCAAUGAAAGGAUGCUGGAAUCAUAUAUCAUUGCAAGAGAUAGAUUCCUUGUCCCAAAUGGAAAAAUGUUUCCUUCAAUUGGGAGAAUACACGUGGCACCUUUUAGUGAUGAAUCUCUCCACACUGAAAUUGCUAUUAAGGCCAUCUUCUGGCAGCAAAAGAACUUUUUUGGAGUUGAUCUCAGUCCGUUGCAUGGAUCAGCAUUCCAAGCAUAUUUUUCUCAGCCUGUUGUUGAUGCGUUUGAUCCAAGGUUGCUUGUUUCUCCGGCUACAUUCCACACAAUUGAUUUUACUCGCAUUAAGGAAGAGGAGCUAUAUGAAAUUGACAUCCCACUGCAUUUCACAGCCUCAGUUGGUGCGAGGGUGCAUGGGCUAGCUUGCUGGUUUGAUGUCUUGUUUGAUGGGAGUUCUGUUCAAAGAUGGCUAACUACUGCACCUGGUGCUCCUACCACGCAUUGGUAUCAACUGCGUUGUCUCCUUUCCCAGCCAAUAUAUGUCUUGUCUGGUCAAGAAAUUACUGGACGAUUUAAUCUAGUUGCCCACAGUGCACAAAGCUAUACAAUUAAUUUAACCAUGUCAGCUAAAAUGUUUGGGCCUGGUGCUGAUCAAGGAGGAAUACUACAGACUUCUUCAUGCAAAAUCAACCUUAAAGACCCAUAUUAUCGCAUGGCUCAAAGUCCAAACUAUGUGUGGAAUCAAGAUCAGGAACUGGAGGAAGGAAUCGAUCCUCAGGAAAUCAUUCAAACACCUGAAGAAAUUGAUCCCUGCAUCAUUCUUCAGACUGCGGACAGUCCUGAAGCUUUGUUAAACCUAUAAAUGUGCAAUUUUUUUUAACCCCCACAGCAGUGCAUAUUCCACUAUAUGUAUCUCUGUAUUUGAUUUAUCUUCCCUCCCUCUCUCCCUCCUAAUCUUCCUUCUAUAUUUUCUUCCAUUCCUCUUCGCUUUAUUUUCUCUAAAAGCAUGGAGAGAAUGGUUGAAAAAAUAAAAAAAAAAUAAAAAAAAAUCUAGCCAAGGUUGUAAAAUCACCAAUAAAUUCUAAAACUAUUUAUCUUCUGUAGAGCUGCCUUUGAAUCAGUAAAAUUGAAAACAUUUCUUUUAUUUUUA